GGACAAGGGGGGCCCUUCUAAGGGCGGUCCCCGGAGCCCCCAAGCCAAGGGCUUGGCAGCAGCGGACGCUGGACUUGGGCAGGGAGGGAGGCAGAAAAGUUAUCAGUUCUCUGUACAAAUCAGGUCUGUAAAUGAAUGCUUUAUUUUGACUUUAAUUUUUUAAAUUGAGAAGCUAGCUACUACUUUCUUUUCAUCCAGAUGUUAUUCAAAAUUUCCGGAGAGAGCGAGUCCUGCCCGCAGAGUGGCGGGUCAGAACUGAGAAGUGCCCGGUCCCGGGAGGCUUUGAUAAGCAAAUACGGCCCUGCGCCCGCGCGCUUGCUAUUGGCUGUUCCUCCACUGCCAGAUUUUGACACAAAUAAUCAGAUUGGAAAUCAAGGAGGGGAAAAGAGGGAAAAAAAAAAAACCAGAGAGAGAGAGAGAGAAAAAAAAAAGGAGAAGUAUCUGUUUGUGCAGAGAGUCACGAAGUUGGCAGAGUGGAGCCGAUACCCAGAGAGGCCGCGAGAUUCCCGCGCAGGAGGGGCCGGCAGACGGCAGCCGGACGGGAGCAUGGCUACCGGGGGACCUCCAGCCGGCCUUUAGCCGGGCCCCUCCUCUAAGAAAUGUGGUGACAGCGACUCAGCUCACAGGUCAGAAUCAGCGGAGCUGAGGCUGUGCAGCUCCGGCUGAAGGGAGGCUUUCGUUCCAGCGUGGUGGCUGUAGUGCCCACCUUUGUUGCUAACUCAUCUACUAAUAAAAUACUGCCUGAGAAAUGAUACACAGCCUUUUUAUAGAGAGACAGAUCAUAGCCCUCAGAAGCCUCUGCAGAGCAAAAGCUGCGGGGUGCACGCUGACAAUGCCACGCUCCUUCCUGGUGAAGAGCAAGAAGGCUCACACCUACCACCAGCCUCGUGCCCAGGAAGAUGAGCCAGUCUGGCCUCCUGCCAUCAGCCCUGUGGCCAAGGACCAGGUCCGUAGCAAUGGCCCCAUCCUCAGCACCCUGGUCCCAAACCAGUGCCUGGAUUGGACCCACCUCAAACGGGAGCCAGAGGCAGAGCUGGACCGGAGCUUGGCCAGGACGGCCCCGGCACCAGAGGGCCCUGCUGUGAUAGCCCGACCCCAGGACAGGGACUUGCCACCCUCCGACUCACCCCCGUUCUACAAGCCCAGCUUCUCCUGGGAUGCCCUGGCCGCAUCCUAUGGCCACAGCUACCGGCAGGCCCCCUCCACCAUGCAGUCAGCUUUCCUGGAGCGCUCCGUCAGCCUGUACGGCAGCCCUCUGGUGCCCAGCGCUGAGCCACCCUUGGACUUCAGCCUCCGCUACUCUCCAGGCAUGGACACCUACCACUGCAUCAAGUGCAACAAGGUGUUCUCCACCCCUCAUGGGCUUGAAGUGCACGUCCGCCGCUCCCACAGCGGGACCCGGCCCUUCGCCUGUAACGUCUGCGGCAAAACGUUCGGCCACGCCGUGAGCCUGGAGCAGCACACACACGUCCACUCUCAGGGGAUCCCGGCCAGGUCCAGUCCUGCGCCCAGCGUGGCAGUCCCGGGUCGCGAGGCCCCGCCUGCACCUGACCCCCCGGGGCCUCGUUUCCUCCGGCAGGAGCGCAGCUUCGAGUGCGGGAUGUGCGGCAAGGCCUUCAAGCGCUCGUCCACCCUUUCCACCCACCUGCUCAUCCACUCAGACACGCGGCCCUACCCCUGCCAGUUCUGCGGCAAGCGCUUCCACCAGAAGUCGGACAUGAAGAAGCACACUUACAUCCACACUGGUGAGAAGCCGCACAAGUGCCAGGUGUGCGGGAAGGCUUUCAGCCAGAGCUCCAACCUCAUCACCCACAGCCGGAAGCACACCGGCUUCAAGCCCUUCAGCUGCGAGCUGUGCACCAAGGGCUUCCAGCGCAAGGUGGACCUGCGGCGGCACCGCGAGAGCCAGCACCACCUCAAGUGAGGCUGCACCGCUUCUGGACCCCGGCCAGCCUGCCCUUAGGUCCCGGAACCCAGAGGGAGACCAGCCUCCUGCUCCCAGACCCCCAGUCUCCUGGAGGCAGCACUGGAUGGGAAUCUUCAAGCUUGUUUUGAGACUUGGAGAUUGCUGUGUGACCUUGGGCAAGUUGCUUUCCCUCUCUGGACCCACAUUUUGCUGCUGCAAAGUGUGGGACCUGGGUUGGGCCUUUUCUGAGCUGAAGUUGUCUAGAGGCCUAAGAGCUUGGGUGCCUUCCCUAGGGCAGAGCCUAGAAGGCUGGAGAGGCCCCAUGUGGACAGGGCUCCUAGGACAGAUGAGAACUGGGGCCCACAAGAAGUUCCCCCCACCUGCCCACUGCCCUCUGUGCUGGGAUCUGACCACCUGGGAUUUUAGGGGGCCUCUUUCUGGUCGCCAUGGAUGGUCAGAGCUUCCUCCUGCCCCAGUGGGGGGCUAGUGCCCCUCUGCUUCAGCCGGAUAUGCCGUCUGCCCCCCACUUCUGACCAGCGCUCAGCUGGCCACGGGGUUUCCAAUUCUACUGUCAGACCACAGGGCCAGAGAAGCCUGCAGUUAUUGCUGUCAGAAGCCUGUUCCUUGCCACUGCUGUAAAUAAAAAU